AAUAAAAUUGGCGAACUUUUUAAAUGAUGGCGUACAUGAUAGUGAUAGAUCGUGACUCGUUGCAGAAGUUAAAUCAUGAAGCUGCUGAAAUACGUUUAAGAACUUUAGAACAAAUUUCCUCUAAAUUGAAACGGGCGCUAGCCCAUAAUGAGAAAGUCAGUGUUAAGCCGAAUGAGAUGUGCAAACAAUUGAUACGUUGGUUUGGGAUAAGACCAAUACAAGCUCCUUUUAAAGUCUUAGAACUACUGGAUUAUAUUCUACGGGAGAAAGAGUAUCGAUUAACAAUUUUACAUCGCAUAGGUGCAGAGCGUCUAAAAAAGGAACUGAAUAAAAUCAAAGCUGUCAUAAAAGGCCAUAAUGAUGAAUUAAAACUCAAAGAGGAAAUUGAUAAAUUGAUAAAAUAUAUUCGGGAGCCAGAGUCGGCAGUUUCACCCACAUCAAAAAGUGAUCAAGUUAUCGAAGUAAUUGAUGAAUGCGUAAGCCGUUUAAGUUUACAUAGUAAUGAAAGUGAUAAUUUAGGGCCCCAUUCCUAUGAGGUUCCGUGGUCAAAGCCAUCAGUGGCUGACUACACAUCGAUGAAACUUUUAGCCGACAUUUUAAUUAAUCCUUCAGCUUCAAAAAUUGAAAUGCAGAAUGCUUUGCAUCAUUUACAAAUUACCAUGUGUGAUUAUCCUGUGCAAUAUUUAUUGCAAGCUCCGAAUGUAUUUCUUAAUCUGCUGCAAGUUUUUGAUGAACGGAAACGUGGCGUAAAUGAUAGUUCAAUCGUUGAUAUUGAUUGUGUAUCAAAUACACUUUUGGAAUUUUUACAUCAAUUACUGAAGGGGUUGAAAUUGAAACGAAAAACUCUGGCUUACUCUUUGCCGUUAACAUUAAGGACCUCUUCGAAAUGUGCACUCUACGCCGAUCUACCCAACAAACAAGAAUCUCCAACACAAAUACGAGUGGAGAAAGCUUUGAAACUUCUAUUAGACGCCUGCAUUGUACAUUUGGAUGUGCGCAUAGAACACGGUCACGUAUCAUCAACUGUAUGGGAAAUAAUUUACAUGAUUCUCACUCUGCACAAAUUCAUCGAUUUAAGUUUAGAUACCGUAUAUGUUCAUAGAGUGGCGGCAAUUGUUCACAAACUCGAUUUCCGUUAUCAUAAAUCUGAUAUUUAUAGCCGCUUGAGAAUUCGUCAGAUGCAUUUAUUGUUCCUAUUGCAAGACAUGGCUGAUAUUAAUGGCCUCAAUAAGCCAUUGGACAAUGCUCAUCCUUAUCUACCGAUUGUUCGAGAUUACACUUUCAAAACGCUUUUCCCGGAGCGUUAUCAACAUUUAAGGGAUUUGCUCGUUAAAGCGGAUAAAGCACUGGGGGAAUCAUUAAGCUUGCUUGGUUUUCGCGAGAGCAUUUUUACCGAAGUGGCUAAACUUUUAAUUAAUCCACUUGCGGUUUCUUCAAAGGAAAUAUUAGAAAAGGGUUUGGACGUUUGUCUUGUUUUAGAAAAAAUUCAAAGCAGAAAAUUAUUGGAUUUGCUUUUCGAUCCGAUUGCUAACUUCAGCCAUAUUUAUCUGACAAACACAAGUCUUCAUACAAAAGCUAAAAAUUUACUUAUAAAAUUAUUGAAAUUAAAGUCAGAUCCUUUAAAAUCUUAUGCUUACAACAAGUUGGCAGGAGCUUUUAAGCGGCACAUUGGUUGCCUAAUGAAUGGAGAGAAUUAUUCUAUUGAAUCUUCCAACGCAUUGCUGUUGGGCGCUCAAAUAGUAGGAGUACCAAUAUUUACAGAGUUAUUGCUUCACCUUAUUUUCGAGGCUUCAGAAAAUCCAAAUGAAUGCAUUAAGGAUAAUUGUUUAGCUAUUUUAACGCUUUUUCUUAAAUCUGAAAGGCUUUUCGAUAUAUACUGGAAUAAUCUUGUCUCGCUGAUGGUGCCUCUGAUGCCUUUGCUGAUAUGUUGUACUUUCUGCGAGCAGCUUAUGUGCGUACUGCUUAAGCUCUACGAUCCGGACUGUCAACACUUACCUCCUGUCGCAAUGCUACAAGGCAAUAUCGGAUUUCUCUUUCAUGAAGAUGUCUGUCGUCGUUCGGAAGCCUUAGCCCGUUUAAUUUACAUUUUAAAUUCCAUGGAAGAGUCGUGCAACUAUUUUCCAAAUAUAAGUGAAAUCAAUGACACAAUACCUAACGAUUUAUGCUUGCUAAGCGUGCCGCGGGAAUAUGGGAAAAUAUUUUGUGAUCGAAGUACGGUCGUAGACGAUGGCAUUUCUACAAUGAACACUCUUUCCAAUAUACUCGAUGCGACAGAUGUUGAACCUUGUGUGAGAAAGAGCACUCUGAUGCAAAUUAACGUGCUCUGCGCAAAUUGGCGACUCACCGCAGAUCUAUGCGAAACUGGAGCAUUCUAUUUGAUAAUGCAAGCCUUGGAAAACUCUAUGCGAAAAGAUUGCGACGUAGAUUAUCCAGAUACAGCUAUAACUGCGAUAAGUAUAUUGACAAAGGUUUUACUAUACGAUGCCUCAGUUCGUUGUGAAUUGUCUGAAACUCCAAAUAUCUACAUUUUAUUAUUGAGGGCCUUAAUGAUGUUUGUGCAUGAUGUGCAACUUAAGCAAGAUGCAAGCAUCUGUUUGUUUUUACUACUUUUCCCUCAUGAAAUUGUGGCUACAGAAAAUUCUUUAACAGCUCCCUGUGUAUUGGGAAAUCUAAAAGCACCGGUCAAAGUGAACUUACGUCCAGCUCUAUGCUCCGACUGUUCUUCGGAUGAUGAAAAAUUGAAAACGAUAUUUCCAUCAAUGGCAGAAGAGAAUCUUUAUUGGCGUUUUGUUAUCGCACGAGCUUAUGGGAGCGAUUUCAAGGACAUAACCCAAAAAGUGAUAACUAAACAAACUCAACUUGAUAUAAGCGACGAAUUUAAACUAACAACGCAUGAUGUGCGUUGGAUACGCUCAUCACAGCCCGCUUUGUGUGUUCAGCGUAUACUGCAUUCUGCAUCAAACGCUACAGAUCAUCGAUCAUUGAUAUUAGCGGCUCAGUUAUUAAAGCAACAAUUGCUUUUAAAAUAUCUCACUCACAUCGACCUCGUAGCUAGUGAAGAGAUUACAGCAAUGCAUAAUUUAAUUAUUAAGUAUAUGAAAUUACCGCCUGGUAAUGUGGCGGAUUUUGAAGUUUUUGAAGGUUUGUUGGACGUUGCUUUAAUCUGCAUUAGAACUUCGUUAACUUUUGUAAUCACUGGGAUUGCAUCAAUCCUACAAAAGGAUGCCCAGAACACUCUUAUUACGUUACUUAUAGACAACGAUGAGACUCCUAUUAUGUUGUUCCGUAAAAUCACUAUAAUACUGAAUGAAAUAAUAAAAAAUCAUAAAUUUUGCUUUGAUCCAAUUGUGCGAGGAGUGAAGGUAAACCUUUACUUUGGCAAUGUUUUUGAUUUGCUGUUGGAACGAUCUCAGCAUUUGCUCGAAAGUAGAGAUUUGGAAAGAGUGCGUUGCUUACUUUCCGUACUUGUGGCACUCAGCUCUUGCCAAAUAGAUUUGCCAGAUGAUCUUUUGUAUGAAUAUUGCCUGCGUUUAAUGAAUAUGUCAUCGAAACUUAGGUCAUAUACCCAAACUGGUGCUCAAUGGCACAGAGACUGUCUACUGUCCGUUCUGCAGUUAAGCAAUCAAAUGAAAGAAGUGGUUGUGACAUUUCGCGCAACUACCAACUUAGUUAAGCUGCUGGGUGGAAUGUCCGGUCACGUCGAUCCUGAAGUUCGUAUUUUAGCGUGGAGUACUUUACAUCGACUCUCGCAAACCAAAGCGAUUGACGCGCCCGACAUUGUGGACGAUAGGGAAGAAAGAAGGAUUUCUUACCAAAGUGGCGCCCAACUUCUAUUUAAUGACCUUGCCUUCUUGCCUGGCGGAUUUAUGACUUGUUGCCUAUCAACCUUAUUAAAUCUGGAGGAACCAAUAUGUGUCAGGCAGUUAGCUGGCCAACUGUUUGCAUUUCUUAUUGAAAAGGAGCAAACAGAAGACAUUAAAUCCUUACUUUUGCAGCAACAGUUCUUACGUUUAGCUGCGGAUGCUUUACAUCCGUCUGUGUGCAUACUUUCAGAAGAACUACCGGCUGGUUUUGAUUCGACAUGCAAAGGAAUAUCGAAUUGUGAAUUAAUAAGUUCCUACGCACAAAUAUGCAGAUCAAUGUCUAUGAAAUCCGGCGAUUUUCUUACUGAUCUGUGCACGCAGUCGUUUAUGUUCCUUUUGUACGAGAUAUUAAAACGUCCCGUACCACAAACUCACAGUGCCUUCUUCAUAUUGGUGGCCGACAUUACUCGCUUAUAUAUUCUUCUGUACCCGGACAACUUUAUUUUCUUACAGCGCACUCUAUGUCGAGAUGAGGUCUGGUUGAGUGCCUAUUGUCAAAUUGUAUUGCUAGACGAUUGCCUUAAGGAAGACUCAAUAAUUGUGGAUGUAUUACAGUUUUUGAUGGUAAUAAGCAAAGACGCUACAGCCUUUGACAUAAUUUGUGAUAGUUUAACCAAACACCCUGAAGGAGUAGUGAAACUUUUUAAAAACGCGUUUUCCAUAACGCAACUCGAUAGUCCUUUGAUGACUUGUGCUUUAUCAGCUUUGAGUUUUCUACUAAUAAAAUCCCAACCUGAACUAGCUGUCAAUGGAAAGACCAUUACACUGCUCAAUGUCUUGGAUUGUCAGGUGCACGAGACGAAAUCCGCAGAUUCUGAAACUUAUCAUUCCGACAAUAAUAAGGCUUCCAAUAAAGCAUUAAAAAAGAGGAAGAACGAAAAAGGUGAAUGUGAAGGCGGUCAUGUCUCGACGGUGGCGGAACAUAUAAGCAUUGCUUUAAUACGUUUAUAUCUGCAUAUGUAUCCAAUGAAAGCUUGCAAGUUUACUACGGUUCCUACUGCACUGCAACAGCAAAUUAGCGAAACUCUCGCCUUGCUUCUAAAAGUCUCACUCGCAGCACAAGAGACAGCCAAUAAUCUAAAACUAAUUAAUAAAGUCUUAAAGACAUUUCAGUGCUUUUUUGAUGAAUACGCAAGCACUACAUGCACUACGUUUGUGCGUCGAUAUGGGGAAACUAAGAAGACCGCUGUGAUUCAAAACUUGCAGUUACUGCUUACAUUUUUAUUAUAUUGGCACUCAGCCCAAACAACGAUAAUUACGGAUGACUCGGUAGCCGCAGAAGUCAGUAGAAUCCUAAUUCAGCUUUGGCCCUGGUCGCCGCAUUCUGCCGAUUUGAAACUAGUCAUUUUACAAGUAUGCGCUUUUCUUAGUGAACGUUCUAUAGUAGUGUGCAAACAGUUUGUUACCAUAAAUUCGUCAGCGUUUGCGCAUUCCAUCCUUCAAUUAGUUGAUAAAACGGUAACAACGGAAACUACGAAGGUGAAGGCUGUCUCAACGGAUUGUAUGCCUAUUAUAGUGGCUGGGCUUCGAGUUCUAAUGAAUUGCUGUUCUUGCGUAGAGGGUCGUACGGCUCUUCAAAAGCAGCGUACAUUGAAUAUAUUCGAUACAGUGCUCACUUUUAAACCGAAGACCUCACGUCCCAAAGUAGAAAUACAAAAUGCUUGGUUGCGUUUUUGGGAAAUAUAUUCACGUUACAGCGAGGGUGGUCAGGUGUGUCAUUUGAAUGCUUUAUGUUACGCUAUACAUCAAUCUGAGCCCCGAUCAGAAAUACGAUUGCUCUCGUUACGUAUUAUACGUAAUAUGUCAUUUCUGGGCAGUAAUCGUUCUACACUCAUUACGUCGACCGAUUUCAUUUAUAUGAUAGAUGAAAUUGUAGCGCAGCCUAUGGAAAUAAAAACGCCAGGUAUUACAUACGAAGAGCAAUGGUUGAUCUGUUUAGCCCUUUGGAAACUUAUGUCUGGUGGGGUAAAAUUUGUUGCUAUGAUCCGUGGAACUAAACUAGCGAAACACUUACGCGUACUACGGGAUACGAUAAAAAGUUUCGUAGAGGAAGAGAAUAUUAUUAAAUACACUAAAGAGUUGUUAGACACAUUGAAAAAAAUAUUUAACUUAUUCGACCAUUCUUAAUUUCGUUAACAUAAUUAUUAAUUACCUGAUUUUUACACAGAGGAGUGGUACGGGCUUGCGAAUUUAAUGUAAGCUCUGAACUAACUAACCUGAUAUAUUUUAUCUGUUUCAAAAAAAAAAAAAAAAAGAAAACGUCUUGCAUUGGUUCUGAACGUGAUUAAAAGCCAAAGUAUAGAAAAUUCAGAUCGGCAAGUUUUACAAAUUCUUUUACAUAGAUAAACUUCUAUCCGCUGAUAAUAACUAGCAAUAAUUAUACCA